UCCUUUCAGUUCACUCCUCGUCGUCUAUUCGUCCGCACACAAAUAAAAAUUCCUCUUUCUUUAAAAAAAAAAAAGAAAAAAAAAAAAAAAAGUAAAAUAAAAUAAAAAAUAAAAACACUAGUACCCACAAUAACAAUCAAUUAAAUUUCUCCCUUCAAUAACAACAAAAAAGCAAAAUUAUAAUUUUUAAAAUAUUUAAAUUUUUUAAAUUUUACGCGCCAUUAAAUAAACAAAUGCGCAUACUUAUGCGCAUUUAUAAAUAUUUUUAAUAUUUCGCCAUUUCGAGUGUUACUUUUAGUUGUGUUACUUUAUAUAUAUAUUUAAUAUAUACUCUCACACAUAUAUAUGUACAUAUAUAUAUAUAAAAGUGUAUAAUAUAUGUGGACGAUUAAAUAAAAGACGAAAAAAAAUGUCGAGAUGUGGCAAUGGCGCUCGUGUCCGGCAUACGAUGGACUGAAAUUUAUUUAUUUUAUAUAAAUAUAUAUUUAUAUAUAUACUAAGUUGUUAAUAUAUAUUUAUACAUAUUUUAUAUAUAUGUAUAUAUAUUAAUAAAAGUGUUUAUUGUCAGUAAUAAUAAAAUAAUAAAUAAAUAAAAAGUGAAAAAUAAUAAAAAAAAAAAUGGAUUCAGUUUUAUCGUAAGUGAAAACUAGUGAUUAAAUAAUUUAUUAAAUAAACAAGUGACAUGUUGAUUGUGAUUGUGCUCUGUUGUAAUUUAUUUAUAUUGUUUAAAGUAAAGUGAUUUGUUUAGUUUUUUAAAAUAGAGGCGGAUGGAAGCUGAUGGAUUAAUGGUGAUAAUUUAGUGAAUUGUUAUUUAUUUAAGUGUACUGUGAGUGGUCAUCUUGAUGCUGCUGGUAUGCUUCGAUUUUUUACCAGACUUUCAGGGAGACGACGACACGGGUGUCGGAGUCGCGGUACACCUGCUACUAAAUCAUCAUCAUCAUCAUCAUCACCAUCAUCAGCAUCCACCCCCAACUCCACAACAAAUCAACAAAAUACCCAUUUAAAUAAUUCAAAACUGGAUUGCCCGUUAAAUCGAGUAGUAGAAGAUAAUUAUGACGUAAGAUUACGAUGUUGUUACUCGAGAUUACGAAGCCAUGAUCGGAACCAUGAUCAGCUCGACAAUAAAGACUACGAUCACCAUCACGAUCACGAUCAUCACCAUGAUCAUGAUCACGAUCACAAACAACAAGAGUCGUCUUCCUCACCGUCCUCACGACUUAUUAUCACCGAGGACCGGUUACACCAGGACUCGUUCGACGACAUUUGUCUGACGAGGAUAACGGGGUUAAGGACGUCGACAUCUACGACAAUACCAACUCGACAAUGUUCUUCAACACGGGACAGUACUCAUAAUAAUAAUAAUAUAAAUAAUAAUAAUAAUAAUAUUAAUAAUAAUAAUAAUAAAUGUGGUAAUUUUGUUGAAAAUAAUAAUAUUAGUGGUAAAGAAAUUUUACAAACAACGAGACCAAGAACAAGAAGAGAAACGUGUAGAGAUACAACUAGAUCAACUGUUGAUAGGCUUCAUAGGAGAAGUGGUAUUCCUUCGUAUUUAGCAACGAUAUUAUUACUGUCAUAUGCAUUAUUUGGAAUAGCAGAUGCAUGUUCUUCAAAAUCAACACCUAAACCAAGGCCUCCAACGACAACACAACGGCCUAGCAUCACAUUCCGUCAAAAUCCAUGUCCGCCAGAUUACGCGGAAUGGUAUUGUUUAAAUCAAGCAACUUGUUUUACUGUCAAAAUACAAGACUCAUUACUUUAUAAUUGUCUAUGCGCUGAUGGAUUCGUUGGCCAGAGGUGUGAAUUUAAAGACUUAGAGGGUUCAUAUUCACCGUCAAGGCAAAGGAUAAUGUUGGAGACUGCGAGUAUAGCUGGUGGUGCCACAAUAGCAGUAUUCCUUGUCGUUAUUAUUUGCAUAGCUGCUUAUAUACAUUGCAAACGCAAACAGAAGGAAUUACGUACAAGUUCUGGAGUGGAUACAGUUGAUGGUACUGGCCGUGAUCCGGAAUUAAGGCCAUUCAGUAGUCGUAAUCGUUCAUUAAAAAAUUUUAUGGCCAAGAAUCAACAAUGUUCACCAAUAAUGUUCCCAUCGAUAGAACAAACAAGAAUGCCCAGUUGGAACGUCGAACUGACGAGAUUAGCGUCCGUCAACGAAGCCAAACGUUCGAGUCAGUAAAUUAAUGAUAAUUAAUCACCGAUUAAUUGAUAAAACUAAAAUGAAAGAAAAAUCAAUUAAUUAACAUAACAACAACAAAAUUAAUUAAUUAAAUUAACUUAUAGCCAACAUCACAUUUAAUUAUUAAAAUAUAAAUUUAAUUAAUUAGUUAAUUUAUUAAUUAAUUAACUAAUUAAUAGGAUUAUUAAUCGAACAAUUAAUCAGUAGAUUUAUUCUUCAUUUUUGUAAAGACAAAAAUGAAAGAGUCAAAGACUUAUUAUUAAUUUAUUAUUAUUAUUAUUAUUAUUAUUAAUAUUAAUUAAUUUAAUUAAUUAAUUAAUUUUGUGGUUAAUGACUCGCCUUUAUAUUAAAAAAUAAAUGGCGCCUGCAUUUUUUUAUUGUAAAAGAUGUAGAAUUAAUAUGACGAUAAUAAAAUUAAUUAUUUAAUUAAUUUAUUAAUUAAUUAACUAAUUAAUUAAAAUAGUGGGUAGUAAUUUUUGCAAUUAAAUUAAAAAAAAAUUGACUGUAUGUAAAUAGAGAAAAAAAAAUUUUUAGGUACAAAAUAAAACAAUUGUAAAAAAUAGUUAAAAUUUAUUUUUUUUUUCUAAUUAAAAAAAAAUUAACGACUAAAAAAAUUAUUUAUUGGGUAUUGAUUAUAAGUAAUAGAAUUUUGCUAGUCAUUUUUUUUUUAGAUAAAAUUUUGUACAUAAAAAUUUUUUUUUCUUUAUGCUAUUAAAUUAAUCUGCUAAAUUUAAAUAAAUAAAUAAUUUUCCUAGAGGCCUGGAGAUUAAAUGAGGGAAAAAAUU